GUUUACAACACUAUUUAUUUUGUUUUGCAUGUUUUAUAUUAUUGGAGUUGUAUAUUUGCAUGAAGCAUGGGAGUCACGGGCUUGUGGAAGCUAAUCGAGCCCUGCGGCAAGCCCGUGCCGGUUGAGACUUUAGAAGGGAAAAUACUGGCCGUGGGUGAGUCUUCGAUUUCACGGCUUUGUGAAAUUAUAUCUAAUUUCAAUUGUAACCACGCUCUUGCAGACAUAUCCAUAUGGCUGCAUCAGGUUGUGAAGGGUUUCCAGGAUAACAAGGGCUCCGCUCUGAACAAUGCCCAUCUUUUGGGUUUGUUUCAUCGCCUGUGCAAGCUGCUCUACUACCGGGUGAGGCCAGUCUUCAUAUUCGAUGGAUGUACGCCUCAACUGAAAAGGGACACGAUUGCGCGUCGUCAGCAGCAGCGCAAUAAACUUAGCAACGAAGCAGACCGCAUACAGGCUCUUCUCUUGCAGUCCCUGGCCAGGGAGAAGGUUGUGCAACAGGCGCUGGGCAAGAAUGCUGAGCUUUUGUUGAAAUCACCGGUGAAACGACCGCCGCCCAGCAAGUCCAAAAACGAUGAGGAUGAUCUAUUUAAGCUGCCAGAAUUGCCGGCUUUGGCCGCUGGGCAGGAUAACCCAGAUGAAAGCGACCAGGAUUUGGACUACACCAGUGCCAGUGCCACUUCGGAUAGCUCAUUUGAUGAGUCCACCGCUCGACAUGCGUACAAUUCGAGUCUGCAGGCCAUCGAUGUCAAGAGUCAGAACUUUAAGAACCUUCCCGCCGACGUUCGUCACGAGAUACUCACCGACAUUAAGGAGACGCGCAAACAGUCUUCGUGGGGGCGCCUGCAUGAGUUACCCGCCCGCAGCGAUGACUUCUGCUCCUUCCAGAUGAAGCGUCUGCUGAAGCGACGCGCCGUCCAGGAGAGCCUGGAGCAGGCGGAACAGGAAAUGGGCGGACACACGCUUACCUAUUCCGAGCUGUGUGACUUUUUCAGCGAGGAGGGUAUUGUAACGCCCACGGCCAUAGAGCAGAGCACGCGGCAAAUCAGCUCGGAUGAGCAUACGCGAUUCCUGCUGGUCAGGGAUCUCAAGAAGAAGGCAUUGGAGAGCACCAAAACCGAGAUGAAAAUGGAGACAAUUGAGGAGCUGCCAGAGACAAAGCCGCCAGUUGAUGAGGAGAAGCCAUCUACAUCCAGCAAGGCGGAGACUGUUGAAAUGGGCACUGAAUACGAUGCGGACUUGGCGCAGGCCUUGGCCCUCUCACUGGAAGAGAGCACCACAAAAGUGUAUGACGAGAAGGACUACGACUAUGACUCGGAUCAGGAGUUGCGGCUCAAUCGCGCUCAAAGCAAACAGUUGCGACACGCAGCCAAGGGUCCGGCCAGGGCAUACAUGAUUGAAUAUGGCGGCAUGAACGAUGAGGAGGUGGGCAACAUAAUGGAGUCCACUCAAUUGAAUGAUACGCAAAGCCUCGAACACUUACUAGGCACAACUGUAGUCCCCGUCGAUAUAGCAAACGAUUCAGUGGAGGAGGCCAAGCAACUCUCAAAGGCCAUUGAAGAGAGCAAGAAGAGUCUCCUAGAGGAUAAGGUACAGAUAAUAGACACGGAUACGGACUCUGAUUUGGAGGAAGUUGUGGAAACCAAGGCAUCGGCUGGUCUAGAAAUUCGUUUGGACAUCACUAAUAAUCUAAAACCCACCAACGAUCUAUUUGCGGAUAUAUUCGAAGAGGACUCUGGCAAGGAAAAAGCGGCAGAUGAAAGCGAUGAUGAUGAAGAUUUCAUAGAAGUACCAGAGAGUGAGGAAUUGAAGAUCAUUGAAGAUUCACAGGAGAAACCAAUCACAGAUGAAACUAGUCCAGGAACUGAAAUAAUCGAAGUAAAAGAAAGCCAAGAAGAAAUGCCUUCUGAACAGGAGGAGAACAAAGAAACAGCAGACACAAGCCAGGAUAAAAUAAAACCUGACUUGGACUCUAUAUUGAACGAUUUGAAAAAGGAAACCGAGGCAGUCAAAGAAAUCAAACUAGCAGUGGACGAGCCCGAAGCUGAAACCAAACCCAAGCCUGUUCUAAGCUCCAUUCUCGAUGACCUGCAGAAAGAAAUGUCUGCCGUGAAGAACAUCAAGCUGGAGCAGGUAAAGCUGAACAAUAGCACUAUCAUUGAAGUAUCCUCCGACGACGAAGCAGUCUCCAAAGUCAAAGGCAAUGCCAACACCGAAGAAGUGAUUGAGUUAUGCGACAGCGAUGACAAUCAGAAGCAACGAAUUUCCCCCAAUAAAACGCCGAGCAAAAACAAAUCCAUAAAGGAUUUCUUUGACACCAGUUAUGUGGUGAAAAGGACACCGGACAAGUCGCCAGUGGCCGAUAACGGUACACCGCCGGGUACACCAAAGGUACCGCAACCAUUCUACAGGAAGCGAACACCCAAAUCUGAUCGAAAACGAGCUGCUGGUGGGUCGGACGACAGUGAUGAGGGAGUUUCGCCCACGAAAAGGUCCAGCAAGGCUUCAAAGUCUCUUUUUGAGGGAAACGAUCCAGAGACGGAGCCACCGAGGACUGUGGAUCCUGAGGAACUCAUCAGAGAUGCAGCAGAGACCCUUAAGUCCCAGAAGACCUCCGAGGAGCUGCAGUCGAUGGCUGAUAAUUUGGCCCAGGAACGCAAGGACUUGGAAAUCGAACGCAAUCGACAGGACCGCAUGGGCAUGUCCAUAAGCCAACGCAUGAGCACAGAUUGCCAGGAGCUACUACGCCUCUUUGGGAUACCAUACAUUGUAGCCCCCAUGGAGGCCGAGGCGCAGUGUGCCUUCCUGAAUGCCACCGAACUAACGCACGGCACCAUCACGGAUGACAGCGAUAUCUGGCUCUUUGGAGGCCGCACUGUCUACAAGAACUUCUUCGCCCAGAACAAGCAUGUUCUGGAGUUCCGGGCCGAGCAGAUCGAGCAGACAUUCAACUGCAAUCGGGGCAAGCUGAUACAGUUGGCGUGCCUGGUGGGUAGUGACUACACCACGGGCAUUCAUGGAAUUGGUGCAGUGACGGCCAUGGAAAUUCUCGCCUCCUUCUCGACCACACUGGAUGCCUCCAGCCCUGCCUCUAGUGGCAACCAAUCAGUUUUAGCCACUUUGGUUAGAUUCCGGGACUGGUGGCAGGCACACAAGAGCACCAGCCUUCCUCCAGGCAGUUCCGCCCGCCUGGCGCUUCGAAAGAAGCUGAAGAAUAUUGAACUGCACGAAGGCUUCCCAAACAUGGCCGUGGUGGAGGCGUAUCUGGAUCCCAAGGUGGACGACAAUCGCGAUGCCUUCAGCUGGGGUUCGCCGGAUGUGGAAUCGAUCAGAGAAUUUACACGAAAGUCUUUCGGUUGGACGACAUCGAAGACAGACGACAUCCUCCAGCCGGUGAUCAAGAAAAUCAACGAGAAAAAGAUUCAGGGUUCCAUUCGCAACUAUUUCACGGCCAAGAGUGCCUUGAGGGUCCAACAGCCUCAGGUCAGCAAACGCGUUCAAUCGGCCAUUGACAAGAUGUCGGGCAAGAUCGAUGCAGAGACGCCGGAGAAACCAAAAAAGGUCGUUCGUACCAGGCGGGCGAAGAAAGCUGCGACGGAGGCUGAGUCAGCGGAUGUGGAAUCCGAGGCCAAGCCCGUACGUCCCAAGCGUGGCAAACGAAAGGCUUCAACAACAGAAACACCUGAUGAACAGCCAUCCACAUCGCAGCCGACACCAAAGCCUGGCAAAUGUCCGAGGAUACCAGACACCACAGAAAUCAUACCACAAAGAGAAAGGGACUUGGAGCAGAUGCGUCUGAACAAGGCCAGGGCAGCGGAAGUGAUGAAAAAGGCAGCCCAAAGCACCAAAAAAUAAAUCUAAAAAGGGAAGUCAUAUGUCAUUGAAAUAAACAUCAUAUAAAGCUAGAUACACAGAGCAAGAAAUUUCACGUUUACUAUUAAAAAAAAAAAACAUUUAAUUCAAUUACAAUCAUGUAUAAGAAUACGAAGGAGGACCGCGUUAGAAAGCGCUUGAAGACCCCCAGUAGAGUCUAUCAAUCUAAGGUCCAAUUAGGACAUCAACAAGAAAAAGUUUCCCUAGAAGAGCCCAAUGUUAAGAUACUGCCAGAUAAACUAUCCAUAAUAAAGAACUCGGCAACUCGUUUGGAACCAAAACAGAGCCAUCUCCAAAAUGCAGCAGAAGCUACGCUCAAACAAGGGGAAGGUCCCACAGAGAAACUUGAACUUAAGAUACAGCCAGAUGAGCUACCCGUAAUCAAGAGAUCAGAAACUCAUUUGAAACCGAGGCAGGGAGCUCCCCUAGAAAAACCCAAUCUUAAGAUACUGCCAGAUAAAUUAUGCGAAAUCAAGAGAUCAGAAUCUCAUUUGGAAACGAAGGACAGCCAUCCCCAAAAUGUAAACGAGAUCAAGUGCAUAUUAGAAGAAGAAAAAGAAGGUAAAGAUGUGUCAUUUACAGAAUUCAUAGAAAAGCAGGGAUGGGGAUCGUUUUCCAUGGACUUUUUGAAGGAUUUGAAUGGACACAAAAGCCAACGCGUCCAUCAUUCGAGCAGACUCUCCCCAAGGACAAAUAUAGAUAAACUACACACUGCAAGGAUGGACUUUCAGUCCAUCGAUUGUUUCGAAUCGGUUGAAAGCAAUAACAGGGUCAUCUUUCCAUCCUCGUAUUGUGCUCAUUCCGAUGUUGACAACGAUUAUGUGGCAAAGCAACGUGCAAAGUGGACCGAUUUCUUUGCCCAACAAAAGAAGACGCCAAUGGAACUACGCUUGGAGGAGCGGAGAAGACAAAUACAGAAGAAGGAGUCAGUAAAGGGGGCUAACGAACAGCAGAGGGCGAAGCAAACCCGAAGUAAGAUUCAGCCUAGAAGAUCUCUUAGUGCUCUCUACAGAGAGCCUCGACAAACGCACCGCAUGCGAAAAGCUAUGGAAUCAAUUGCCGAGGAACUAGCCGGGAUGAACAUACAGCCCGAGGAGAGUGGAGAAUGCUCACAUGGAUAUAUUUGUUAAGGAGAAAGUAGCUGUAGUCAGUCCAAGUAUUAAUAUUAGUAUUGCAUGAACAAAAUGACAACAAAUAAAUCGUCUGAAGCUUAA